CGUUGUUGUGGUGUUUCCGUCGGAAGGUAUUUUCCCGCGCUCUCCUAUCAUCGUGCUUCCGGCGCUCGCUCACCGUGGAGAUGACUUUGAAUCUGAGGAACGUUCUUCUCCGCGCAGCAGGAGCGCGUUUAUCAGCGAACACCGAGAAACGUGCUGUGCUUCCUGCAUCGAGGCGCUUCCAGAGCUCCAGCGUCAUCUCCCCUGACAGUUAUGUACCUCAGACGUCCCUCUCCAGACCGCCGUGGCCUCAGCUACCUGCGUUUGAUCCUGAAGAAGAGGACAGACAUCGAGCGGUCGUGCAGAAGGUGAACGGUCUGAUAGAGGAGGGAGCGUUCGGACGCUUGUUUGCUGUGGUUCAUUUCGCCAGCCGUCAGUGGAAAGUGACCAAUGAAGACCUGAUCCUCAUCGAAAACCACAUUGAUGCGGCGUGUGGCGACAGGAUAAGAAUGGAGAAGGUGCUGUUAGUUGGAGGAAGAGAUUUCACUCUCGUUGGAAAACCACUUCUCAGCCGUGAUUUAGUGCAAGUUCACGCUACGGUCAUUGAGAAGACCGAAUCCUGGCCAAUGGUUCACAUGAGGUUCUGGAAGAGACAUCGAUUCCAGAAAAAGAGAAUCAUUAUUCAGCCGCAGACCGUAUUACGGAUCAACACCAUUGACGUUUCACCAAAACUGUUUUGACCAGCGGACAGCGGGGUGCUUUUGUCAGGAGAUAUAUGCCAUAAUCAAGUUUCAUGUUUGAGACCAUGUAAAUAAAUAAAGUUUUCAGAUAUGUCUUUAUCA